AAGAAAAAACUUAUAGGUUAUAUUACAAAAACAAGGAAGCAAGAAGCGAGUCAAUUCAUUCGCCGAUAAAGAUGCGUUUUGUUUAAAUGUGUUGUUUCCACACAGUUGACCACUGCAGAAGAUGAAUCUGCGAGACAAUCCGUACGGCAACGGCCUGCUGUACAUGGGAUUCAAUCAGGAUCAUGGUUGCUUUUCCUGCGCUACUACCACCGGUUUCCGUAUCUACAACUGCGAUCCACUGAAAGAAAAGGAACGUCGCGAAUUUGAUGAUGGAGGCUUGGGUUAUGUGGAGAUGCUCUUUCGAUGCAACUAUCUGGCAUUAAUUGGCGGUGGACCUAAUCCACUUUAUCCCACUGACAAAGUGAUGGUUUGGGAUGAUCUACAGAAAAAGACUAGCUUUGGUCUAGACUUUAAUGGACCCGUGCUGGCGGUGAAGCUACGCCGUGAUCGCAUUGUUGUUGUUUUAGAACGUGUGAUUAAAGUCUACACCUUCACGCAAACACCACAACAGCUGCAUGUAUUUGAGACCAGUCCGAACCCCCGUGGACUGUGCGUCUUGUGCCCUAACAGCAACAAUUCGCUGCUUGCUUUUCCGGGAAGGCAAACCGGGCACGUGCAGGUUAUAGAUUUAGCAAACACAGAGAAAUCCGCGCUGGAUAUCUUCGCACACGAGACGGAUUUGAUUUGCAUUGCGUUGAACUUGCAAGGGACGCGAUUGGCGACUGCUAGCGAGAAGGGUACACUAAUUCGAGUGUUCGACAGCCCAGGGAAUAAAAUUGCUGAACUGCGACGGGGUGCUCAUCAAGCGACAAUCUACUGCAUUAAUUUUAACAGCACGUCAACGUGCCUGUGCGUGUCUUCCGACCACGGCACCGUGCACAUCUUUGCACUAGACGAUCCAAAAUUGAACAAGCAAUCCUCGCUUGCAAACACGGCUUUCCUGCCGAAGUACUUCUCGUCGAAUUGGUCUUUCUGCAAGUUCACUGUUCCGAACGGCCCGCCGAGUGUUUGCGCCUUUGGUACUGAUAAUUCUGUUAUUGUGAUUUGUGCCGACGGCUGUUACUACAAGUUCAUGUUCAACGUGAAAGGUGAAGCAACCCGCGAGGUGAGCGCGCAAUUUCUGGAACUGACUGAUGACACGUAUUGACUCCGUGCGUACGUAUUAAAAAUCCGCCGCAAAUCGGUUGCGAACUUAAAAUUAUGGAACAAAUGAUUGAUAGACGAUGGAGCAAAACUAUUACUAUAGGUAUAGACUUAAAUCUAUUAAGUGACGAACAAACUUUUGCAAUACUAAUUGUUUGAAUCACCUAUUGAUCUAUAAAGAGGCGUGUGGGCGCGACGAUGAAAUUAAAUUAUGUUUGCACACCAAUGUUUGAUUAAGUGAAUUGUUAUUGUUAUUGCUGCAUGCUGAUUAAUUAUUAUUUACUUCUGACUGUUUAAGUGUGGUAUAUCUUUUUAAGCAUUACGGGGUACCAAUCAUGAUUUUUCGUAUGUGUGUAUCGCUACCGUAUCGCUGUCACUGUGGAUAAGUUAUUGACGACACUAUACGUAUAUAUUACUCGAUAUAUGAAUAUAUUUUUAUGAAUUAAGAAAUACAUAUUUUAAGAAAGCA